AACCAUUGGCCACUACUCUGUACUCAUCCCAACCAAUGGCCACUACUCCGUACUCAUCCCAACCAAUGGCCACUACUCCGUACUCAUCCCAACCAAUGGCCACUACUCCGUACUCAUGCCAACCAAUGGCCACUACUCCGUACUCAUGCCAACCAAUGGCCACUACUCUGCCGUACUCAUGCCAACCAAUGGCCACUACUCCGUACUCAUGCCAACCAAUGGCCACUACUCCGUACUCAUCCCAACCAAUGGCCACCACUCCGUACUCAUCCCAACCAAUGGCCACUACUCCGUACUCAUCCCAACCAAUGGCCACUACUCCGUACUCUUACUACUUGACCCUCUCUACUCUGCUCUUUCCUGGUUCUCCUCCUACCUAUCGCAGUGCUCCUUCGGUGCUACCUAUAACUAUUCCCUCCAACAACAAUAGAUCCCCCUGCAGCCAGCAACAAUAAAACCCUGCUGCACACUCCU